UCAGCGCUUUUCGAGGUAUGAGAUUGGGUCAUUUACCACCCUGCUCCCUUAUCUAUUAAAGGAGGAAAUCACGAAUUUUACGAAAGCGGUGGAAAAACCGGACAGAAACACGGGCAAACCUGGAGAACUGGCCCAGGAGAAAACGUCGGAUUGCUCCUUUUUCUCCUUCUCCCGGCGGAUCAGUCGGAAUCUGAGGGGCGUGCACGCGCGCAUGCGUGUGUGUUUACAAGUGUUUGAACGAGUGCCAGAAACGAGGGAAGAAGGAUAAAACCCCAAGGAAAGAGGGAUGGUGGACAACUCCAGCAGCAGCAAGGCGCAAAUGCCAAGCAUGUCUCAGGAGCCCAGUGUGGCUUUUCCACAGAGCACCUCUACAGGGGGAAUGAAGCUGGAGGCAGUGAUGGAGCAGCUCCAGCGCCAGCAGCAGGCCCGUCUAGAAAUGGAGAGGAAGGAACGGAAGCUGCGAGAGGCCCACAUCAUGUACGCUCAGCAGGUUGCAGCCCAGCAGGCCAUACUGGCUGCAGCCCGGGCUUCCGGGGCAAGCUUCAUGGGCAAAGGCUUGGCUGGAGGCGUUCCUGCAGCCGGCUUGCCUCCUCGGGUGUCCAAUCAGAGCAGCGUGGACUCGGAAAGAGAGGAGGAUGAGGACAGAGGCCGGGAUUCGGGGGAUGAGGAUGACGACAACGAGAUGAUGGAGGGGGACGAGGGCAGCGACGAGGAUGAGGGAAACGCCAGCGGCCUGGAGUUUCUCCGCAAGCAGACCCUGGCUCUGCAACAGAAUGCCUCCCGCAUCCCAGCCCGUCCGUUCGCAGGCUACUCCAUGUCGGCCCCCCAGAGAGCUGCCUCCCCACCUGUUAGAGUGAAGCAGGAACCUGAUGAGGGCAUGUCCCCUGCAGGACCAAACUCAUCUGCCUCUCCUAAUGGACAGGCCGACUGGGGAUUCGAUGACCACUUCAGACAGAAUGGCAGUGCUGGAUGGACAGAUGAGGCUGACAGUAACAGAGGAAGAGGAGAAGCCUCCAGAGACUUUGCUAAGCUGUAUGAGCUGGACAAUGAUCCGAAAAGGAAGGAAUUUUUGGAUGAUCUCUUUACCUUCAUGCAGAAACGAGGAACCCCGGUCAAUCGUAUUCCCAUCAUGGCCAAGCAGGUCCUGGAUCUGUACAUGCUCUACAAGCUGGUAACGGAGAAAGGCGGCCUUGUAGAGGUUAUCAACAAAAAGAUCUGGAGAGAAAUCACUAAGGGACUCAACCUGCCUACAUCCAUCACCAGUGCUGCUUUCACUCUGCGCACACAGUACAUGAAAUACCUGUACCCAUAUGAGUGCGAGAGGAAAAGUCUCAGCUCCCCGGGUGAGCUGCAAGCCGCCAUCGACAGUAACCGACGCGAAGGCCGUCGUCCAAGCUACAGCAGCAGCCUCUUCCGCUUUUCUCCUUCUCCAAGCACAGCUCCCCACAUCCUCUCUCCUCCCAAGAUGCAUCUGGCGGGCCUUGGCGCCGGGACCUCAGUCGCCCUCAAUGGCCUGCAGGCUUCUCCAGGACCCUCUCUGAAGAAAGAAGAUCUGACCCCUGCGAUCAUGGCUGCAAGACCUCCUCUUGCGCUGUCUCUGGGUCAGCAGCAGGUGGCUGGUUUGGCGAGAGCCGCCACCUUGGAGCAGCUCAGAGAAAAACUGGAGACCAGUGGGGGAGGUGAGGGGCCAGAGAGAAAGAUGGCCCGCCUUGCAGAGGAGCAGCAGCGCCUCAUGCAGCAGGCUUUCCAGCAUAACCUGCUGGCCAUGGCAUCCCAUAUGCCCAUGAAUCUGCGCUUGGGAGCCCCCACCAUCACCACCAGAGGUCAGCGCUGCCAAGAUGAGAAGCAGCAGGAUAUGUCUCUUAGCAUCUCCAGCAAUGGGAAUGCCAGCAUCACUGUAUCUGUGGAGGUUAAUGGCACAAUCUACUCAGGAACCCUGUUUGCCCAGAAGUCCAGCGGGGCACCAGGGCCUGUUGUUGCUGCUAGUGCCGCCUCAUCAUCCCCUGCUGGACCCAGCUCAAGCUUUGGCUUCUCUGCUCCCCAGGCCCAAACCCUCAGCCCCACACCCUCCUCCACCUCGUCCUCGAAGGGCUCUGGCUCUGCUGAGCUGGCGCCCAGCGGUUCCCCCUAACUCGAGCUUUCCUUUGUACCCGCUCCCUAGGCCGCUGCUCCACAGCAAGGCCCCAGCAUGAAUAUACAGUACAAUGAGAAACCGAUAAGAAUAAGAAACUGUUGCACAACAAAUACCUCAACAACCCUGUCAACCUUUUGGCUGUCCAAUCAUAAACAGAGCCCCAGAAUAUCACAUAAACCCACUUCUCUGCAUUAAAUUCAUCACAUGCAUAGAUAUACACAAACCAAAAUACACAAUCUACACACUCAUACACUUGUUAAUCCUAGUGUACAUGCUAAACACAAUCAGCUCAGCCAAAACCCACUGACAGGCGUAUUCACAACUGAACUUGAAAAGUUUUACUUUAGGACAUUUUGUUUGUUUUGUUGCCAUUUUGUUGUCUUUUUGAUUUUGUUUUUUUUUUAGAAUGAUUUUCUUUUCAGUUUUUCUCUUUUUACAUACCUCAAAUCAAGUAACCUGCAGUGGAGUCUUUACCUCAGGAGCUGUAGAAUAUUUAACCUGAAUCAACUUUAUUUUUGUAUUCUGUUUAAACUUGUUGCAAUCAGGGGAAGUCGGGUAUCUCUCACCAACACAACCUCAUGUACAGCGCACUCACCUCACAGCAAUAGGCCUCCAACCCAGGCCACUCAGGUCUGUAGCUUUGUGUUGAACUCAGACUGAUGAAUGAUAAAGAUGAUGCUGUAGAUCGGCAGAUUAAAUACCUCAUUUCACAACUACCCUCAGUAAGAGAGCUUUACAACAGUUGGAAGCACUAACCUGUACAGGAGCAUCUCAUCAAGUUCAAGUAUCUUUGAAAAUGUAAUUUAAGUCAAGAAGGGAAAUCCGCCGCCUCAGAGUCAUGCAUUUCAAGUGUUUAUUUCUGUUAGUUUAAUGAUUAUGGCUUGCAGUUAAUGACGAAAAACGAAUUUCAGUUUCUUAGAGAAAAAAAUAUAUUUCAUGUACAAAUAUAGGCUUACUGAAAAAUAUGUCCACUCAGUACCUAGUUGCUUUCGCAUGAAUUACUUCCAUCAAUGCGACCUGACAGGGAGGUGAUCAAGCUGCGGCUCUGCUGGUCUCUAUUAUUGGCUCCAGUGUCUCUCAUCUUUUACACAACAGCACCCCGGUGGGUCUCAGAUGAGUUCAGGUCAGGCCAGUUUGCUGGCCAGUCGAACCCAGUGAUACCAUGUUCAUAAAGGCACAUACUGGUACUUUGAAAAAGUACCAAGUCCUGACAAGUUAAAGUUUCUUGGUAGAUGGCUUGUUCAUGUCCUGAAUAAGUCUUUGUGUGUCGGGGGAUUCUUCAGGGCUAAUCCAGGCUGCAGGCUAUGUUUCGUGAAAGUCCCCCAAGUUUUUAAAUGGACAUUUUUUCCUGCCUCUGAUCUUCCCUAUGCUUAUCAAGAGCUUCUGAGAUUCUGCACUGUGUUCACAGCCAACUUCUUUAUCAAGAGCUUUUACUUUCCUAACACACUUCAGAACCACAAAACCUAUUAUUAUUAGUGUAGUUUCUAGUGCAAAUAUAUUUAGUGCAUUUGAAAUGAGAUAAAACCAAGCCACUUGUAAUUUUUUAGGAAAAUAUUGGAGGUUGAUUCAAGUAAAUCUAUUCAUAUAAAAGUCCUGUUUUCCCUGGCAGAUUAUUUCACUUAUAAUGAGACACUUUUCCUUUGUUAUAAGUGAAAUAAUCUGCAUGUGGAGCAUUAUUGUGAUACGCUAACAUGAAAUUUCUGCACUAAAAGCUAUAUUGAUAGAUUUUAUUUAAUCAUCUGAGAAACUGAAUUUUUGGGUUUCAUCCCUGCUCUUUAACCAUAAUCAUCAAAACUAACUAAAGUAAAUACUUGAAAACAUUGAUUCUUUGUAUAAGAAAUCCACAUAAUGUAAUUUUAACUUUUUCGAAUUGAGGCGCUGAAAUAAAUUAACAUUUUGAACAUAUUUCUAUCAACUGAGAUGCACUUUUAGUUCAGUUGUUCAUAGGCCUGUUUUUUAACAACUUAACGCACAAAGUUCGGGGGCGGGGGGACAGCAGCUCUUGUCCACCAACAAGCCCAGUAGACCCUGAGCCCCUGUCUCUAAUCAGACCUACUGUGGCAUUCCAAACCCAGCUACACGGUCCCAUUUUGUCACCCCCAUCCUGUAUUUUAGUUUGCAUCCUUCCACCUGAAUGUCCAGUAGGACGGCGUCUUCAUCAGUAAGUAGUUCCCAGACCUCACACUGGCCUCUCUCUUCUGGAGGGCAUCUCUCUCAGGAAGCAAAGUGACAACCGCAAGGAAUCACUGAUAAUUUAAAGAAGAUUCAUUCGUGAAGAAUGCACAAGACUACGUGACUGUUUCAAAGAAAAAAAAAAGAAAAUACCUCAUUAGACUCUCUGAAAGCGAGAGCGACACUACAUACCUCGGCUGUGAAGCCAAAUCCUGCCUGAACUGAAACUGAGAUGGAUGUACUGACACACUGCGGGUGGGUUUUGGGGAGAAAAAAAAAAGAGUUGGGAAGGGUUUGCUUUCUUUCUGCUGUAUUUACUCAUAGACCCUGUUUUAUGCAUUCUUUUUUUACUGCUAUUUUUUUCCCAGUGGGUGGGAUUUGAGGUGGGCGGGGUGGGUUGGAGGGAUUUCAUCUAAGGGAAGUGAUAUAUGCAUUUUUUUUUUCAGGGAAGAGGAACAGAAAUGUUCAUUCCUCACUGUUGUACAGAUUUGCAGGAUUGUGAGAUUUGAUUGCGAACAGAGGAAUUGCAGUUAAUUCUUUCUUGGCCGUUUUGAAAUGAAAUGCAUGUGUACAAUCAUGUGACCAGUGUUAGAUCACAUCAAUUUUCUGGUUAUUGCACAGCUAGAUACCAAAGACUAGUCCAGCUGGUCAUCCUCGUACAAUCCUGGUUGCAUGUGCUGAGGUGGAUCGAAAAACAGAUCCGACAGUCUGUUGAACUGCAAAACAAAAUCCCACCUUACCUCUUACAACCUAAUCUUUGAAAUAUUUGUGAAAACUAAUGUCAGGUGAGGUGCAAGUCCUUUUUUUCUCCACAUAUUAUGACAUGCAUUCACUUCCUGCUCACAAUUUAAACUAGAUGAAAUCAAAUCUGAACGUGUAACAUGAAAGGAUGGUCAUAUGCUGGCUGUGCAGGAGGAGUGUUAUACAGAACAAAAGCCAGAUCUCAUGUCAUGUUGAGCUUAUAUAAUCAGAUAUUUUUGGGGGGCACUGAACAAACCAUCUGUCUGCAAGCUCAGGCAAUGCCCCACAGUUUCAGUUCCUUCCAGCCAAACACACUUCCUGGUGGUUCAGACACAGAAGGCAUAAGAUGUUUUCCUUCAAGUUGUUUUCUUUCUAAAACAUUUCAUCAGUAAGGUUUAGAAAUAGAUUUUCCAGCUUCUCCUGUGUUGAAUAUAAGGCUCGGUCUUGAUGCUUGACUGUAUCUUUGCCACUAAAUGUGAGUCCAGCAGCUUUUCAUUUUAUUUGGUCAAAAACAAGCUCAUAAAGGAGGGAAUCAUAGAUGCUGCCUUAAUGUAGUUGUUGGUGAGAUCUGGUCAGGGCAGGUUUAUCACCUGCCGUUUGGAUAGAUAUUUUCCACCAUUCAUACUGUUACCAGAUGAGUUCUGAUAUUUAUUUGUAUUGUUUUAUUUGUCUUGGCUGAAAUUGUUUAGGUAAAUCAUCUAAACUGCAUCACUAAAACAUUUUUAAGUUCAAACUGUCAGUAUCAUUUACUUAAUUUUUGGUUUGUAAUUGCUGUUUGGUAGAGUAGCUUCACUGCCUUUGUAUGUCUCUGUGUUUGUGUGUGGGAGUGUGUGGAAGCAGGUUUAAUAUAUUAUUCAGUGAGCAUCAUUGUAGUAACAUUAAACAGCUUGCAGAUGGCGCCAAUGUUCUACCUGGUAAUUCCUAAAAUGAUAGUGAGCUUGUUAAGUUGUCAGUUAGCAACUUUUCUUGAGGCUGGCACAGUUUCGGUUUACUGGCAACUGCCUGCCACAAACACAGACCUGCAUGUGCUGCUUGAGGUCUGAUCAGAGAGUGGGAAGUGUUGAGGGUUGGUUCGUCAUAUACCCUUCUCCAGUGGAUGUAGUUAAGGCUUCCUGGCAGUGUGUGGCAUGUCUGUCGUUCAACAGUACCUCAGGACGAAGCUGCAUAGAGUGACAAGUACUGAUGAAAGCUCUGAUCAUUUUGCUUCUUCAAUUUUGAGUUGCUUUCUGUUUUAUUUCAAGCUUUCUGUCGUCACCAACUGCAAGGCGACGUCUCGUCACUCAGGAAGCUGUGAAGUUGGAAGUCUGAGGAAUUUUUAGGUGUCUUGAUUUUUGGAAUAAAAUACACUUUUCGAAUGUUUAAGGACUGGCCUGAUCUGUGUUUAACAGGUGCAUAUGCAAGUGGUUAUCAAAUACCUCAUUUAUCAAUUUUAUGUUGUUUUGGCUUGUACAAUGCUCCGUAUAUUAAUUCAACUGUGGGGUUUGUGCAUAUUUUUGUACUGUUAUAAUUAUUAUUAUUAUGGACAUGACAAUAAUAUUACUGAUUAUUAUAGCUUUCUCUUUGAUUAAUGCAAACAAAAAAUUGAACAAAACACAAGAAUGCUUGUAAAAACUGGUUUGUGCUGAUUGUAUUUAAGAGGAGCACUUUUCCAAAGUGGUUUUCACACAUUCAGUUUUGUUCAUAUUAGUUAAUAUAAAGAUAUGGUUCUCAGGGCUUUAAACUUGUAUGUCAUGAUAAAGUUUUACUUUAUAUCGUAAUUUUGUGUGUCUGUUUCCUUUCUUCUAAAAUCAGUAGACUUGUUUCUUUUUUAUAGAUUAUUUACACUUGCUGCUGUUAAUCAAUUUCAGCUAAAGCUACAUAUACAUUUUUUUGUAAUCGGUUGUCACACAGAAUAUAGUCAUUGGAAAAAGAAAGUUCAUCCGCGUUAAAUCUGCCGUUAUCCAUAAAAGGACAUAAUGUAAAUCUAAUCGGAAUAUAUAAUCUAUAUCUGUAUAUAAAUUGGAUGUGUUUUGUAAAGUGCCUUGAGGUGACAUUUGUUGUGAAUCGGCGCUAUAUAAAUAAACUGAACUGAAUCGAAUGAUGAUCAAGA